UGCGGGGGUAGAAAGAGACAAACACCUAGAGCAUCUUUACUAAGCAGACGCGCUUUAAAAGUCAAAGCUUUGCCAUGGGUGUGAGCUAGGCUUGGGUAUGGUGGAGAGAGGGGAAAACAUUCCUUCGCCUCAAAUGAGUUAUAUCAUGGGAGUGCUAAGCACGGACCCGGGACACUUAGUUAUCUUCUUGCAAGCCUUUUUUACCCAUUGAGUACUGAAGCAAGGCAUCCACUGCUCAGAAGGCUGAACUUCAAUCAACUCGUGAGUGUGUCUACAGUACUUCCACCUGACUGAUUCAGACCGGAUGACAGCAUGCCCAUCCUGGAGGGACAGCGACCAAAAGGCCGCAGGGAAAGCUACGUCCUACCCAAGGUGCCGGUACCACCCCUGAAGGAGACCCUGGAUAAGUACCUAACCAGUAUAAAGCACCUUGUGGAGGAGGAACAGUACCAGAAGACUAAAGCUAUUGUGGAGAAGUUUGGAGAACCAGGGGGCACCGGAGACCUGCUCCAGAAGAAGCUGCUGGAGAGGAGUGAAAAGACAUAUAACUGGGUGUAUGACUAUUGGCUUGAAGACAUGUAUUUGAACCAGAGAUUAGCCCUACCAGUUAACUCCAAUCCUGCCAUGGUAUUCCCAAAGCAAAACUUUAGAGAUCGCAAAGAUUCACUCAGAUUUGCCGCCCACCUCAUCACAGGAGUCCUGGAGUACAAGGAGCGCAUUGACUCACGGGCGCUGCCUGUGGACUUUGCCCGGGGCCAGCUGGCCGGGACCCCCCUUUGUAUGAAGCAGUACUACCGUCUCUUCAACACGUACCGUCGGCCCGGCCUUAAGCAGGACACCCUCAUCAUCCACCAGCCUGGCUCUUUGGAGCAGGGACACAUCAUAGUGGCGUGCCAGAACCAGUUUUUUGUUUUGGACCUAGUAUUAAAGGGCAAAAAGCUGAAAGAAAUGGACAUCUUAACCCAGUUAGAGAAGAUAGUGAAGAUGGCAGAGAACAAGGAGGAGAGGCAGCCUCCAAUUGGUCUGCUGACGUCUGAUGGGAGAACCGAAUGGGCCCAGGCUAGAGAUGUACUCAUCAAAGACUCAGUGAACAGCGAGUCGCUGGCUGUGAUCGAGGCCUGUCUGUGUGUGGUGUGUCUGGAUGGCCCCAGUGGGAUGGAAUGCGGCGACACCAGCCGGGCCCUGCUGAUGCUGCACGGAGGGGGAUACGAGAAGAUGGGGGCCAAUCGCUGGUAUGACAAGCCCAUGCAGUUUGUCGUCGGGGAGGACGGAGUCUGUGGAACGGUGUGCGAGCACUCACCCUUCGAGGGAAUCGUUUUGGUGGCGUGCACUGAAUACCUGAUGAAAUUCAUGACAGGAAGUCCGUCCAAAAUGGGGAGAGCCAUCAGCGUAUCAGAGCUUCCAGCUCCUCGCAGACUACUCUGGAAGAUGUCCCCAAAGAUAGAGGGCCUUCUGAAGGCCUCAGCUGAGAGACUACAGAGGCUGGUUCGGGAUCUGGAUAUGGAUGUCCACAAGUUUGAGGCGUACGGAAAAGAAUUCAUCAAAAAACAGAAGAUGAGCCCAGACGCUUAUAUACAGAUUGCCCUACAGCUGGCAUUUUACAGGUGUAAUGGACGUCUGGUGUCCACUUAUGAGAGUGCGUCAAUCCGUCGUUUCCACGAAGGGCGUGUGGACAACAUCCGCUCGGCUACACCUGAAGCUCUGGCCUUUGUGAAGGCCAUGACAGAUGAGGAGGCCUCUCUCUCCGAUUCAGAAAAGAUGAAAAGAUUGUGCGAUGCGAUUAACGUCCAGACAAAUUACACCAUUGCAGCGAUUACAGGGUUGGGAAUCGACAAUCACCUUCUGGGGCUCAGAGAGAUCUCCCGGGAACUCAGCAUGGAGAUGCCCGAAAUAUUCACGGAUAAAACCUAUGUGGCUAGUAACCAGUUCAUUCUCUCCACCAGUCAGGUGCCGACUACAGUGGAGAUGUUCUGUUGCUAUGGCCCAGUGGUCCCAAACGGCUAUGGGUGCUGCUACAACCCGCAGUCAGAACACCUCCUCUUCAGCGUGACCAGCUUUCAUGGGAGCACCGAGACCAGCUCGGCUGUGUUCAUCCGGGCUCUGGACGAGGGUCUGCUAGAAAUGAGGGAGCUGUGCAAAAAGGCUAAUAAGAGCCACGCUGCCGCCGCCGCCACCGGAUCGAACACAGUUGAACCCAGCCGAGGGUCAGAGGUCAAGCCUCCUGGCACCCCCCAAAAAGCGGGGAAGUAAGGGGUGCCGGAGUCGUUGUUAGGAUAGCCUGCUAGAGGUCACGGGCAAUCGUCCAGCAUAUCUGUGUUGUGGUGAAAGGGGUGUUAGUGGUCCUCUGGGUGUUUUCUGUGUUUGUGCAAUCAGGUAUUCGUUUUGGGACUUUAUCUGUUGAUUCAGUGUGAAGCCUUAACUAUGUAACUAUACUAUGUACAUGAAGUUAGGAGUGAGUAGUUUAGCUGUAAUGAACCUAUCAUUAAUUGGACGGGGACAGCGUAGCGUGUUGUGAGAGUGUGCUGACACCAAUGUAGAAACAGUGACUCCCAUUUGUCAUUGCACUGCAGGAGAACAGAGUAAUCUGGUCUGUUAUUAGGAAACUAAAGCCAUGUCUGCUUUUCAUAACUGUAGAGAUAAACAGCUCCUCUUCACCCACAGGUUGAAUGAACUAGCUCCUAAAUUAUCUCAGUGUAUGUACUGUCAACACAAUCAUCAGUUUUGUCGAAACACCUUAUUAUAAUCACAUAAUCACUGUGCAAACAUUAUUAAUAUUCAAACUAAUGGGAUUUAAGCCCAGGUGCCAAACAUUGAAAUAGGGAAAGAACAUAUGUAGACAAUAGUUUCAAGACAUUGCCAAAGAGGGUUAACUAUCAAGUAAAGUCUAUCGCAUAACGAGCACUUCAACGUUAUAUAUUUGUUACUUCAGUUUGUAAAGAAAUUCUAUGAAAAGGAUGCUAUGUGAAGAACAACAUUUCACAGAAUUUAGGAUAAUCAUCAAAUUAUAACCGUCAUGACGUUUGUAUAUGUGAAACAAUAGUUUGAGUAGUGAAAAUCUAAAUGUUAGUAACUACUUCAACAGUUAAGAUGAACUGAACUUGAUUAUUAAGUGAUUGCAUUAUUGGUCAAUGUCUGUGUAAACCUUAGUCACUAGCUACAGUAUAGACAUGAUCAGAAUAAAAGAAUACUACAACAGUGGUACUGUGCAAUAAGAAAAUAGCUUAUGCAAUCAAGGAUCACAAAUUUAAAUUAAAUGAAUUUAUUAUCUUAGCUAUUUUUGGUACUCGUUUUAGUAUUGUCCUUUGUGUCUGAAAGAGAAUUAUCUGAACCAUGCAUGUUCAUUACCUCUAUGAUCUCCUUUUGCAGAAUUUCUUAAAGUUUGUUAGGUUAUAAAAUCUUAAUUGUUGCUGUCACACGUAAUUGUUUUGUGUUAAUGACAUACUGUACUUUUCUGGGCAUUUUAUUGUAUGGGAGAUACUAACCACUCCCAUUUCUCUCUGUGUAACCAGUGCAUGCACUUAAAAUAAUUCAAAUACAAAGAUAUAUUCAAACAUUUAUAUUUUAUAUUGAUCUCUAUUAAUAUAUCGUCAAAUGUUUUAUAUUACUCCAUACAAAAAGAAAAUGCCUUAAACUUGAGAUGGCUGUGCUUAGAGUGCAAUAUUUCCACAGGUUUUGUCAUAGCUGGUAGAAACUUGGGUGAAAGUGUAAGUACUGUGUUACAAAGUUUAACCUCUGUAUGUUGAUAGUCAUGUGGAUGUGUUCAUUCCGAUUUAAAAGUUAUUACCCUUUGUUGUGAAUUAUGCAAAAGAAUAUAAAUGUAUUAUUGAUAGGCUGGUUGUGGAGUUUAGUUUCUUCACCGCUUCACGAAUGUCACCCUAUUGCGUUUAUAGUGAACCACUUUUGCCUGGGUCCACAGGACUUCUGAUCAAAAAUAGGACACUAAAUAGGUUGUAGGGCGGCAUCUGGGAUACAAACGUUCUUUCCUCCUGGCCUGAUCUUGUGUAGGCCCGUCCUUUCCAUGAACACUACAUCCAUGGAUCAUUGUCUGCCCUCAGUCACAGGGCGAGCAUGCCAGUUUGUGCUGUAUCAGUUUAACGUGGGUGAAGGUCAGGUGAAUAUGAAUCUAUGGUUAUCAGUGAUUUCAUAAAAGUAGAAAAAGCUUAUUUAUUUUUGUAGUUCAUAAAUGUAUUUAAAACAGAUGGGUGUUAUCCACACUUGAAUUGUCUUGUAUGAGAUGUAUUUAUUGUAACGUUGUGAUGUGCAGGGAGUGCUGCCCUAAAAUAUUAUUUACGUCCAGAAAUAA